AGAUUCUGAGUGUGCGUGUGGAGUGCUGUUGUCCUGUGAUACUUUGGCCACCGAUUUUCUGUGAUUUUCCUUGUUUUUCGUUCCUAUUUGUUGCCUGUUGCUUCGUACGAAUCGUUCAUCAUGGUCCGCACUAAAAUCUCACGUAAUAAUGCCGCCAAGCGUAAUAGAAAUAGCCAGCUGGAGGAGCGUUACCUGAACGCCAUGCGUGAGCUCGAGAUCUUGAGUGAUACGAUAGCAAUAUCGAUCGAGGAAAAGUACAAUGCGGAUAUGGAGAAGCUUAACCGUAGCUUUAGCAUGAUACGAACUCGCAUUCCAAAGGAGGUGCUACAGAUGACGGUAGGAGAACUGCGCCGGUCCGACUGCAAACAGUUUUUUGACGUUCUGAAUAUGAACGAGUUCCACAUGGGCGAACCGAAUAAUGAGGGCAGUUCAGCGAACGUUUCCCAAGAGUCCUGCGACCCCCCCUCACACAAAUCCUGCCGGUCGGACGAAGGAUACCAGACCGAGGAUUGCAAUGGAUUGCUAGCCUCGGCAAAGGCAUUACGGCCAAUCCGACCGAUGGGCCCGUUGGCGUCGGCAAUGAAAGCCAAAAAGCCAACGCAACGCCGUCGUAGCAACUCCAUUUCGGGGCAAGCGAUAACACCUAGCAAAAAACAAUCCCAAACGCAGGCGGCCCUUGUGUUUGGCAUGAAGGCGAAGCAAACGCCGGCGGUCUGCAAGAGCAUCUUUGCCCAACCCCAUGAACGGUUGUCCCGGUUGAAGAUGCGCACACCAAUGCAGGAAACGACCAAGCGAGCACGGGGUCAAGCCGUCAGUACGGAUCGGGGUAUAAGCCAGAUUACGCUGAAGGUGAACCUGAACACACCCAUUACGUUUCUGCGGCAUCCGAGGGUGGGAGAGAGUGUCUUUUCGCAAUCCGGCAGCCCCGUUGUUAAUGCCACUGCCUAUCGGCAGACGCGUCACAUCAACAUUCCGGUACCGAACGGGAUGCUUGCGUUGCAGUCGGACGAGUUGCAUGAUGAAAUGGUUCCGGAGAUGAUGCCGCACCUAGACUCCGACACGAUGGAUUAUCUGAAGGGGUUAAAGAAUAAUUUGGAUAAGCUAAUGCGCUACGCCGAGGAUUGCAAUUUCCACAUGAAUGAAUAAGACUUCAACGGAUGGCACAAGAAGCUUUUUUUAAUAGUUCCAUCGGAUCCCAUCGGCCUUUGCCACGUGCGCUUUGUGUGAUAAAUUUUUAAUAGCUGAUGUUUCU